GAGCUCAGCUCAGCUCAUCACUCCCGCACUCAACACUUCCGCCACCUUGGCCUCCUCCUCCAUAGCUAGCUAGCAAAGCUGAGCUAGUAGAAGGUAGCCACAGGGCGACGAUGGCGCCGACUGCCUCCUUCCUCCCGCUGCUGGCGCUCCUUCUGGUGGCGACGGCGCAUUGCUCGCCGCUGCUGCCCCAGCGGUGCCCGCAGGCCGACCGGCAGGCGCUGCUCCGGGUGAAGCAGGCGCUGGGAAGCCCGGCGACGCUCAAGACGUGGUCGCCGGCGUCGGCGGACUGCUGCGCGUGGGACCACCUCACGUGCGACGAGGCCGGGCGCGUGAACAACGUCUUCAUCGACGGCGCCGACGACGUGCGCGGCCAGAUCCCGUCCGCGCUGGCGGGGCUGACGGCGCUCAUGUCGCUCUCGCUCUUCCGCCUCCCGGGCCUCCAGGGCCCCAUCCCGGCCUGCCUCACCUCCCUCUCCAAGCUCGAGUUCCUCACCGUCUCCCACACCAACGUCUCCGGCUCCAUCCCGGACUCCCUGGCGCGCCUCCACAGCCUCGACUCCGUCGACCUCUCCAACAACAGGCUCACGGGCGCCAUCCCCAACUCCUUCGCCGACAUGCCCAACCUCCGGUCGCUGGACCUCCGCCGGAACCAGCUCACCGGCCGCAUCCCGGCCAGCCUCGUGCAGGGGCAGUUCCGGUCGCUGGUGCUGUCCUACAACCAGCUGACGGGCCCGAUCCCGCGCGACGACGCGCAGGACGAGAUCAACACCGUGGAUCUGUCGCACAACCAGCUGAGCGGCGACGCGUCCUUCCUCUUCUCCGAGGGGCGGCCCAUCGGCAAGGUGGACCUGUCCUACAACAACCUCGACUUCGAGCUGAGCAGGCUCAGGUUCCCCAAGGAGCUGACGUACCUGGACCUGAGCCACAACCGCAUCAGGGGCACCGUGCCCCGGUCGCUGGAGGCGCUGUCCACGCUGCUCACGCUGGACCUCAGCUACAACAACCUCUGCGGGCCGCUCCCCAAGCUGCACGGCGUCAUGCGGCACGGCUGCAAGGCCUACGAGCACAACCUCUGCCACCGCGGGGCGCCGCUCGAGAGCAGCUGCCACCAGCUCUGAGCUCGCCGCCGGCGCCCGGCAGGCGUACGUUAUAUGAGUGGUGUGUUGGCGUUCUCGUGCGCAUACGGACGCACGAAGGACGGUGCUUUGGGGCUUAGUAAACUCACUAGUGGAGUGGAGCACCGCGGUGGUGGCAAUGCCUGACACGCGCGGUCCUUGAGCUUUGUGUACGAAACGAUAGAGAUGUGUGUGCGUGCCGUGUCCUGUGUGUGUACCGUCUGGAGAUGCGCCCGAGAGUGUGUGUGUGCCCGUGUUCGGGAUGGAUGGAUCAUCCCAGUUACCUGAUGUAUCAACUGUUAAAUGGUAAUUAUGUUUGGCUUACUUUUA